AUGUGCAGACAAGUCAGAAAUGAGAGUCAGGAAGGAAGGAGUAGCCAACGCAGCGUAUGCUCCCAAGAGAUUCCCAGCGACCCUAGUGAGAGCAGAGCUGGUGAGAUGAUGCGAGUGGAAGCCAGUCCAGAGUGGUCUGAAGAGGAUGUCCGCAGUGAGGGGGGGAGCGGAGGCAGAGACUGUUCAAGAACAGCAGUGCCUGGCACGUUUCUGGAGUACCUCGGGCGCAAAACGGGAACAGGAGCAGCCGCAGGGAGAUUGGAAAGGCAGCAUGGGCCCUCCGGGAGCAGCCUCGGCGCCCAGGGUCUGAGGCUGCAGCCCCAGUUCGCCAUUGUGAGCCUCCCCCGAGGGAACCUGCCUGCUUCACCGUCCCUCCAGGUCGCCGUCUGAGCCGCGAUGGGGCACCUGCCCACGAGGACGGGCGGCGGCCGCCGCCUCCUGCCCCUGCUCUGGCUCUUUGUGCUACUCAAGAAUGCUACAACAUUCCGUGUAACUGUGCAAGAUGAUAAUAGCAUCGUUGUCUCUUUAGAAGCUUCAGAUGUCAUGAGUCCAUCAUCUGUGUAUGUUGUGAAGAUAACUGGUGAAUCAAAAAAUUACUUCUUCGAAUUUGAGCAAUUCAACAGCACUCUGCCUCCUCCUGUUAUCUUUAAGGCCAAUUAUCAUGGCCUUUAUUAUAUAAUCACUCUGGUGGUGGUAAAUGGACAUGUGGUUAUGAAGCCAUCCAGAUCAAUCACUGUGUUAACAAAACCUCUACCUGUAACCAGUGUUUCAAUAUAUGACUAUAAACCUUCUCCUGAAACAGGAGUCUUGUUUGAAAUUCAUUAUCCAGAAAAAUAUAAUGUUUUCACAAGAGUAAACAUAAGCUACUGGGAAGGUAAAGACUUCCGGACAAUGUUAUAUAAAGAUUUCUUUAAGGGAAAAACAGUAUUUAAUCACUGGCUGCCAGGGAUAUGCUAUAGUAAUAUUACCUUUCAGCUGGUAUCAGAAGCAACUUUUAAUAAAAGUACUCUUGUGGAGUACAGUGGCGUCAGCCAUGAACCCAAACAACACAGAACCGCCCCUUACCCACCUCGAAAUAUCUCAGUUCGUAUUAUUAACUUGAACAAAAACAAUUGGGAAGAACAGAGUGGCAGCUUCCCGGAGGAGUCGUUCAUGAGAUCGGAAGAUUCAAUGGGAAAAGACAAACUCUUCCAUUUUACAGAUGAAACUGCCGAUGUUCCCUCGGGCAACAUUUCUUCUGGGUGGCCUGACUUUAACAGCAGUGAUUAUGAAACUACAUCCCAGCCACAUUGGUGGGACAGUGCAUCUGAGACUCCUGACAGGGAAGACGAGUUUGUCAGCGUCCUUCCUCUGGCAUAUGAAAAUAACAGUACACUCAGUGACGCUGAGAAGUCCCCCGCGGGCCCUUCCUCAUUUUUCCCUGUGCAAAUGAUACUGAGUUGGUUACCACCCAAGCCACCCACUGCCUUUGACGGGUUCCACAUCCACAUAGAAAGAGAAGAAAACUUUACUGAACAUUUGACAGUGGCUGAAGAAGCACAUGAAUUUGUUACAGAACUGAAGGAGCCUGGGAAAUAUAAGCUAUCUGUGACAACCUUUAGUUCCUCAGGAUCUUGUGAAACUCGAAAGAGUCAGUCAGCAAAAUCACUCAGUUUUUAUAUCAGUCCUUCAGGAGAGUGGAUUGAAGAACUAACCGAGAAGCCCCAGCACGUGAGUGUCCAUGUUUUAAGUGCAACCACUGCCUUGAUGUCAUGGACAUCUUCCCAAGAGAACUACAACGGCACCAUUGUGUCUGUGGUGUCACUCACCUGCCAGAAACAAAAGGAGAGCCAGAGGCUGGAAAAACAGUACUGCACACAGGUGAACUCAAGCAAAUCUAUUAUUGAAAAUCUGGUUCCCGGUGCCCAGUAUCAGGUUGUGAUGUACCUAAAGAAAGGCCCUUUGAUUGGACCACCUUCAGAUCCUGUGACAUUUGCCAUUGUUCCAACUGGAAUAAAGGAUUUAAUGCUCUACCCCUUGGGUCCUACAGCAGUAGUUUUGAGCUGGACCAGACCUUAUUUAGGAGUGUUCAGAAAAUAUGUGGUUGAAAUGUUUUACUUCAAUCCUACGACAAUGACAUCAGAAUGGACAACCUAUUAUGAAAUAGCAGCGACUGUCUCCUUAACUGCAUCAGUGAGAAUAGCUAAUCUGUUACCAGCCUGGUACUACAACUUUCGAGUGACCAUGGUGACGUGGGGAGACCCAGAGCUGAGCUGCUGUGACAGUUCCACCAUAAGCUUCAUAACAGCCCCAGUUGCUCCAGAAAUCACUUCUGUGGAGUAUUUCAACAGUCUCUUAUAUAUAAGUUGGACAUAUGGGGAUGACACAACCGACCUCUCCCACUCUAGAAUGCUGCACUGGAUGGUUGUUGCAGAAGGGAAGAAGAAAAUUAAAAAGAGCGUAACACGCAAUGUCAUGACUGCAAUUCUCAGUCUGCCUCCGGGAGAUAUCUACAAUCUCUCAGUAACUGCGUGUACUGAAAGAGGAAGGAAUACCUCCACACUCCACCUUGUCAAGCUAGAACCGGCUCCUCCAAAAUCACUCUUUGCAGUGAAUAAAACCCAGACUUCAGUGACUUUGCUGUGGGUGGAAGAGGGAGUAGCUGAUUUCUUUGAAGUCUUCUGUCAACAAAUGGGCUCUAGUCAGGAAACAAAGCUCCAGGAACCGAUUUCUGUUUCUUCUCAUGUUGUGACCAUCUCCAGCCUCCUUCCUGCCACUGCCUACAACUGUAGUGUCACCAGCUUUAGCCACAACAGCCCCAGUGUCCCCACAUUCAUAGCCGUCUCAACAAUGGUUACAGAGAUGAAUCCCAAUGUGGUAGUCAUCUCAGUGCUGGCCAUUCUUAGCACUCUGCUCAUUGGACUGCUGCUGGUCACCUUGAUCAUCCUCAGGAAAAAGCACCUGCAGAUGGCUAGGGAGUGUGGAGCAGGAACUUUUGUCAAUUUUGCAUCCUUGGAGAGGGAUGGAAAGCUUCCAUACAACUGGCGUAGGAGUAUAUUUGCUUUCUUAACUCUGCUACCUUCAUGUCUUUGGACUGAUUAUCUUUUGGCAUUUUAUAUUAAUCCUUGGAGUAAAAAUGGUUUAAAGAAGAGAAAACUGACUAACCCGGUUCAACUGGAUGACUUUGACGCCUACAUCAGGGACAUGGCCAAAGACUCUGACUAUAAAUUUUCUCUUCAAUUUGAGGAGUUGAAAUUGAUUGGGCUGGAUAUUCCACACUUUGCUGCAGACCUUCCACUGAACCGAUGUAAAAAUCGUUACACAAACAUCCUACCAUAUGACUUCAGCCGAGUGAGAUUAAUAUCCAUGAAUGAAGAGGAAGGAGCAGACUACAUCAAUGCCAACUAUAUUCCUGGAUACAACUCAUCUCAGGAGUAUAUUGCCACACAGGGACCAUUGCCUGAAACCAGAAAUGACUUUUGGAAGAUGGUCCUACAACAGAAGUCUCAGAUUAUUGUCAUGCUCACUCAGUGUAACGAGAAAAGGAGGGUGAAAUGUGACCAUUACUGGCCAUUCUCGGAAGAACCCAUAGCUUACGGAGACAUCACGGUGGAGAUGAUCUCGGAGGAAGAGCAGGAUGACUGGGCCUGUAGGCACUUCCGGAUCAGCUAUGCUGACGAGAUGCAGGAUGUGAUGCAUUUUAACUACACUGCGUGGCCUGAUCACGGAGUGCCCACUGCAAAUGCUGCAGAAAGUAUCCUGCAGUUUGUCCAUGUGGUCCGACAGCAAGCAGCAAAGAGCAAAGGCCCCAUGAUCGUGCACUGCAGCGCUGGCGUCGGCCGGACAGGGACGUUCAUCGCCCUGGACAGGCUCUUGCAGCACAUUCGGGAGCAUGAGUUUGUUGACAUCUUAGGGCUGGUGUCAGAAAUGAGGUCAUACCGGAUGUCCAUGGUUCAGACAGAGGAGCAGUACAUUUUUAUCCAUCAAUGUGUGCAACUGAUAUGGAUGAAGAAGAAGCAGCAGUUCUGCAUCAGUGACGUCAUCUAUGAGAAUGUUAGCAAGUCCUAGUUCA